AUGGCACCAUCAAAAGAUUUCAUAUCCAAAUUCUCAGAUUUCAAGAACAACAAGAAACUCGUAUUCUCCUCCGCCGUCUUAGCCUUGCUGUUAUUUGCCACCGUCGUUGGAAUCGCCACCACAAAGGCGAACCAUAACAAUAGCCAAAAAACCAAAACCCUCUCUCUAACAUCACACGCCGUUUUAAAAUCCGUUUGCACCUCAACUCGUUACCCGGAGCUCUGUUUCUCCGCCGUGGCAUCCACCGGCAAAAAACUGACGUCACAUAAAGACGUCAUCGAAGCGUCACUGAACCUAACCACAAACGUCGUGAAACACAAUUACUUCGCCGUCAAGAAACUGAUAACGAAAAGGAAAGGCGGCUUGAGGGCGCGUGAGGCAACGGCGCUUCACGAUUGUUUGGAGACUAUCGAUGAGACGUUAGAUGAGCUCCACGUGGCGGUGGAGGAUCUUCAUCAGUAUCCAAAGGGAAAAUCUUUGAGGAAACAUGCCGAUGAUCUCAAAACACUCAUUAGCUCAGCCAUUACUAACCAAGAGACUUGCCUUGACGGCUUCUCCUACGACGACGCCGAUCGAAAAGUUCGCAAGGCCUUAAUGAAGGGGCAGGUACACGUGGAGCACAUGUGUAGCAACGCACUAGCAAUGAUCAAGAACAUGACAGAUACCGACAUAGCCAACUUCGAGCUAAAAGAUAGGUCCACCUCCUCCAACAACCGCAAGCUCAAAGAGGUCACAGGCGACUUAGACGGAGAAGGAUGGCCAAAUUGGUUAUCUGUCGGAGACAGGAGGCUUCUUCAAGGGUCAACGGUGAAGGCUGACGUCACAGUGGCGGCUGACGGAAGCGGUGACUUUAGGACGAUUGCGGCUGCGGUAGCGGCGGCGCCGGAGAAGAGUAAUAAAAGGUUUGUGAUACAUAUAAAAGCAGGAGUUUAUAGAGAGAAUGUGGAAGUGACGAAGAAGAAGAAGAAUGUAAUGUUUUUGGGAGAUGGGAGAGGGAAAACUAUCAUCACCGGAAGUAGAAACGUCGUUGACGGAAGCACCACUUUCCACUCCGCUACCGUUGCUGCCGUCGGCGAGAGAUUCCUAGCGCGUGACAUCACUUUCCAAAACACGGCGGGUCCGUCGAAACAUCAAGCGGUGGCUCUCCGGGUCGGGUCGGAUUUUUCCGCUUUCUACAACUGCGACAUGUUAGCUUAUCAAGACACACUUUACGUUCACUCAAACCGUCAGUUCUUCGUGAAAUGUCACAUAAUCGGAACCGUCGAUUUCAUCUUCGGAAACGCAGCCGCGGUUUUCCAAGACUGCGAUAUAAACGCACGCCGACCAAAUUCGAACCAGAAAAACAUGGUCACGGCUCAAGGUCGAUCCGAUCCGAAUCAAAACACUGGGAUUGUGAUUCAGAAUUGUCGGAUUGGUGCCACGUCUGAUCUUUUGGCCGUGAAAGGAAGUUUUCCGACUUAUCUUGGUCGUCCUUGGAAGCAAUACUCGAGGACGGUGAUAAUGCAAUCGGAUAUCUCCGACGUGAUCCGACCCGCAGGGUGGCUUGAGUGGAGCGGGAGUUUUGCGUUGGAUACUCUGACUUAUAGAGAGUAUUUGAAUAGAGGAGGAGGGGCUGGAACUGCAAAUAGAGUGAAGUGGAAGGGCUUUAAGGUGAUUACGAGUGUUACAGAGGCUGAGCAAUAUACGGCUGGUCAAUUUAUUGGUGGUGGAAGCUGGUUAGCGUCGACCGGUUUCCCUUUCUUGCUAAGUCUUUAA